UGUUUAUUGUAUUAUAUAUGCACACGAAGUGGCAUGCAUCUUUUGAGUUCAGAAGCUCAAAGUGAAAGUUCAGAGGCACAGAAGCGCUCAAAGGCACUUGAAGCUGAAUCAUGGAAGAUGGAAUGUCAGGUUUUUGCAUUAAAGCUCGUGGUGGUGGUAAUGGAAGCACUGGAACCAAGUGUGGGCGUUGGAAUCCAACUACUGAACAGGUUAAAGUUCUGACUGACUUGUUCAGGUCCGGACUUCGAACACCGAGCACUGAUCAGAUUCAGAAGAUCUCCACUCAGCUCAGCUUUUACGGAAAGAUUGAGAGUAAGAACGUCUUUUACUGGUUUCAGAACCAUAAAGCUAGGGAAAGACAGAAGCGGCGUAGAGUUUCCAUUGAUGAUAAAGAUUUCAUCAGGCAAGAUCAGCAGGAAAAAGUUUCAUCUGCAAAACAUUUCGCAGAAAUACAUGAGGUUUCGGAGCCUGAAAGAGUGAUUGAGACCCUUCAACUUUUCCCAUUAAAUUCCUUUGAUGAGCCUGAGAAGCUGAGACUACAUGCUAAUGAGUACUUCAUGGAUACUACAGCUUAUUCAUACAAUUUUGGGACUGAAAUGGAUCAUCCACCGUUGGAUCUGCGCUUAAGCUUUCUGUAAACAAUAAUUAAGCUUUGAAUCUUAGGGGAAGAAAGAAAAAAUGUUCUCAUUCACCAGCUGUUUGUCUUUUGGAAGGGAAGGAAAGGGCAAUAUGUUUUUUUUUUUU